AAAAAGCCUUCUUCCCACACAUAACACGCAGACUACUAGCGGAUAACAGAAGAGUUGCGCCAUGUCCGUGAAGUCGUACCAGCAGCUGACGAGACUACCUCCACCGCCUCCCUCCCCGAGAACCAAGCCAGCUCUCAUGAAGACGCUGUCGGCUCCUCAGGCCGCGCUCUCUCGCCUCCUCGGCAGCGGCGGCAGCCGCGGAGCUCCGGAAGACGGUCGAGGAGGCGGGGAGGGAGACGGAGGAGGAGGGAGAGCGUCAGGUAAAAGGAGAUCCAAGAAGAAGAGGCCCAUCGAAGUCGGGGAAGACGUUCUGGCGAGCGAAACGCCCCCGAGCGCUAGUCCUCCUCUGCCGGCGGCGAUCCCGGAGGGAAACCUGAUAGACCUGGACACGGACGACGCCUCCUCAACCUCGGAGUCUUCUCCCUCCGCCACCUCUCUCUCUUCCUACCCGCCGUCUUUCCGCAGCUGUUCCGUCGGUAACGGAGACCGGCCGUCUCCCCAGUCGCGUCGUCGUCCGCCGCCCCCUCCUCCUCAGCGGACCCGGCUGGCCACCGUCUCUGGAGCACUCAGCACCGAGAAAUCCUCUCCUGGAGUGAAACACAGACCCACACCGCCACCGAAACCGUCCUACCUCUCUUCUCCACCUGCAGAACAGGAACACGCCCCAACCUCGGUUCCAGUAUCAGACACAGACGGAGUCAAAGCUGCUGUGACAAAACCAGAGGCAAAACCUCGCAGCUCGGCGGCCCAAGUCCCAAGUCCUUACAUCACCUUCACCCCACUCAGGUCUAAACCUGAACCACCACCAAGAAUACGCCAAGACUCACCAACCUCCCCUGACUCAACCACCUCACUCAAUUCAUCCCCCACCAAAUCCACUGCACCAGUUCCCUCCUCUCCCGAAGAAAAUACCACGCCCCCAGCCUCGUCUACCACCGUACCCACCCACCCCCUCCACCCCGUGACCUUUCCGAACCCUCCGCCCCGUGAGAUGGAGUACACGGAGCGAGAACACUCGCGAAACGUCUUCGAGUACCUCAACAAGAUGAGACGGAGGGGGGACCUGUGUGACGUAACACUCAUGAGUUCCACUCGCGAGAUACGAGCGCAUAAGGCCGUACUCGCCGCCUGCAGUCAGUACUUUGAGUCAAUGUUCAUUGGAGAGUUUGCAGAGCCAGACGGAGAGCCGAUAAUCGUGGAAGAAAUUGAAGACGACGCUCUGGAGGCCCUGGUGGAUUUCGCAUACACCUCUCGUAUAAAAACUCACCGACCGGAAUAUCUACCUCAUAUUUGCCGCGGCAGAUCUCCUCCAGUUUUCCGGCGUCCGCGGAGCCUGCUUCAAGUUCUUCAAACAGCAGAUGAACAAGUCCAACUGCAUACGUACCUGGCUGUUUGGGGACGGACACAACUGCACUGAGCUCACAGACGCCGCGCUCCGCUACAUAGAGUCAAAUUUCCUGGACGUGGUGAGAGGGAGAGAGUUUCUGAGUCUGGACAGAGCCGACGUGGUGGCAAGGCUCCUGGGGCUGGAGGAUAUCGCAGUCACCACUGAGGAGCAGGUCUACGAGGCCACUCUCAACUGGCUAAGACAUGACCUGGAGAACAGAGCAUCCGAUGCGUUAGAAGUGAUGAAAAGUGUCAGGUUCCCCAACAUGUCACGUGACUACCUCCUGCACAUCACGGAGACCGAAGACAUCAUCAAAGAAAAUCCCCAGUGCCUUCAAAUGCUGAUAGAGGCUCUGGAGUCAUUUGUCAGUGGGACUCGUACAAGGCUGAGGAAGAUGAUGAUGAAGAAGAGAGAGAAAGAGGCCACCUGACGUACAUCAAUGUCAAGCCUCGCAAUGCCUCCAUGGCUGUGGAGACGGUGGAGUUUUGUCGGGGCAACUACAGUCUGGGUCUGAGGAUCAUGGGAGGCAACGAGCGACCGUUCCACGUCUUCAGACAGGGAGACAAGCCGGGAAUCUUCAUUCUCAUGGUGACACCUGAUGGAGCAGCGGCCAAGACUGGGAAACUCAGGACUGGAGAUCGCAUUUUGAAGGUGAACGGGACAGACGUGAGCACUGCCACCCACGACCAGGCGAUUCGUCUCCUCAAGACCAGUUCAGACCCCCUCUCUCUCUGCGUCAGACACGAACCAGCCCCUCCCGGGCUACAGGAGCUAACGCUGGUGACGAAGCCGGGGGAGGGGUUUGGACUGUCUCUCAGCGGAGGGGUUAACGGUUACCACGGUAACCCUCUAGACGAAACAGACGAGGGACUCUUCAUAUCCCAAGUCAUACCAGGUGGAACUGCAGAGAGAGACGGAAGACUAAGGGAGGGAACUAGAAUACUGCAGGUCAACUCCAUCAGCUUGCUGGGGAAGACCCUGGCAGAGGCCAUCCAGGUCUUCCAGGGAGUUCUAGAUCGAAUCAACCUCCUCGUCUGCGUCGGCUACGACCCAGGCGAGCGACGCAGUUGUAUCCCGGCAGCAGCAGGGAGAGGAGGGAGGGGGAGGGCCAGUAGACGAAUCGGGAUUUGUGCAGGUGGGGAGUGAGUCACUCUAUGACUGGAGGACAGCAGCCAGUGGUAGUGGUGGUGGGAGCUCUGAUGGUGUCCUCGUAUGAACUCCUCUGUUCAAAUUUUGUAGUCUAGUACUUUGUCUGAAUCAACCCCAUUCAACUAUCAGUCACACAGUCAGUCAGCAUCUUUUUUCAUUUCCACCCAUUCCUCCAUGUUGUGCGGUUGUUAUGGUGAUUGUUGAGAACAUCCCGCAAGGUGUUAAAUUUAUCGAGUAAUACCGUGCAAAUCGGGUUAAUGAGCGCUCGGAGCCUUCUCCGUCCAGUGCGCUAGAAAAUGACGUCUUGGCUGAGCGGCGGUCUCUCCCAGUUCUCCUCGAUCACGGAUCAGAUAUCCACAUUCACCAAAGAUGUUCUUUCGGAGACCACCGAGGAGAUUGAAGAUCCUACUGCAGAGCUGCAAGUGGCUCGCAGGAAGAUACAACAGCUGGAGGAGGUCAACGGUCACUACAAGACCGAGUGGGAGAAGCUGCAGAGACACAGCGAGGAGGUGAGAGAGCGAGCGGAAACGGCCGAGUGCCAGAUUGCCGCCAUUUCCCAGGAGUACCGGAAACUCAUCCAGGAGAAAGAUGCGGAGCUGCGUCGACUGAGGACGGAGACGGUGAGUCUGAAGGAGCAACAGAGGAAGAUUGUGUCUAGCGGCGGUAGACUAGAGGCGUCGUCGACCUCUCCUCUCAGCAAGCUGGGUGGAGAGAGGGCCUUCUUCUCUGGGUCGCGUGGAGGGCGGGGAGAGUGGGAGGUGGCACAGUUGGAG